AAGUGUAUGGGUGUUCUCUGCUACUACUACGUAAACAGGGCCGCCUUACACUUGCGUGUUGUGUCGGGUUGGUUGCGGUCGUUGGCGGGCGAGUCACCCGCAAACGUCGAUUUGCUUGUGUCUGUACGCACUACCAUAACGACCAACAGCAGCUGGACAACGGAAGAGACGGAAUGUACAACGGCAUCGGGUUGCAGACUGCCCGUGGCAGUGGCACCAAUGGCUAUGUGCAGCGCAACCUUUCACUUGUGCAGCGCUCACGUGACAAAGUCAGCUACAAGUCAGAGGAGGACAUUCAGCGCCUUGAUGCACAGCUCAUUCGCAAGGCCAAUUCGGAGAUACUCGAUCAUGAGCGCAAGCGAAAGCUUGAGAUCAAGUGCCUCGAGCUCCAGGAAACAAUGGAAGAGCAAGGCUACGAAGAGGACGAGAUAUCCGCCAAGGUGGACGAGCUGCGUGAACUGCUGCAGCAGCAAGGCCACCUGCUGGACUUCCCAGCUCCCAGGGACGAGGCAGGCCGCUCCAUUGUGAAAGAGACGCACCAGAUGGCCGAGGCCAACCAUGAGAAGAACGCCAAGCUCAAGGAGGCCCUGGGCAUCAGCAGCUUCUUUGUGGAAGGCAGCUCCUUUGACCCCGACCGCAAGAGCCGAGAGGCUGCUCUGCACAACAAGCAGCAGCAGCAGCAGCAGCAGCUACACUGUCUUGUUCCUGAUUCGGAGAGCUCUCCUGAGCCGAAGAGUCGGAAGAAGAAGAGCAAAAGGAGUCCUGUGCCCAAGAAGAAGAAGAGCUCGAGGAAGCGUGCAAGGUCAGAAUCUCCUGCGGUGGUGAAGCGCCACCGAAAAAGCAAGCCUAAGAAGAAGCAGGCAUCCAAAUCCAAACGCAAGUCCUGCAAAAGUCCUGGCACGGAGAGCCGACGCAAGCGACAGCGGCGAUCUCCAUCCGAGUCCAGCAGUUCAGCAGACGAGAGCAGCGAUGAGUCAUCAGAAUCGUCCUCUGAGGACGACAGUGAGUUGUCCUCAUCUGAGGAAAGCAGCCCAGAGCGAAGUAGGCAAGACCAAAAGAAGAAGUCGAAAAGAAUGCACCACAAAUCGGUUGGCAGCAAGCCCCGCAAGUCUCGCAAGGACGGAAAGCAGAAGCGGCACCGCACUGAGGAACGACGGCACAAGAAGCCACUGACCACUGGCGACAAGCACCGGCGGGGGGCACACAGCAGCGACAGCUCGGAAGCCAAGGUGGCCCACCGCUCUUCGAGCAGUGACUCGGCCGGCCACCGCAGGAGGCGCUCUGCCAAGAAGAAGCAGCAGCACAAGCCUCGCAGGGACACCAGCGAGGAGUCGUCCUCCGAGCAGUCAUCUACGUCUUCUUCCCAGGAGGAGCCACAGAGAAAGAGGCCCACCAAAGCAGGCCGCCCAAGUGGUGACCCUAAGGAAGCAGUCAAGGCCAAACUGAGUAAGCCCAACAAGACCAGCAAGGAGCACAACAGUGACCGUGAUAGUCCCUCGAGGCGGUGCUCGGUGCCAUCGAGUCGACCAGCCAAGGCUCAGCAGGAGGAGGCCUCUCCCCAGCAGCCCAACGGACACGCAGCCUCUCGUCCAGCGCCUGCCUCCCAGUCACGCUCCAGAUCCCGCAGCAAGGGUCACCGGCAUUCUCCGUGGAAUUCACCACACCAUCGUCACAGGGACUCACGAUCACCGUCCUACCGCAACAGAUCCCCGACCCCUGAACGGAGUCGCUCGCGGGACCGCUCCUACAGCAGCAGGAGCUACUCGCACAGCUCAAGGUCUUGCUCGAGGUCAUCUCGCUCGAGGUCGUACGCUCGUAGUCCCUCCAUUCCGCGUCGCAAAGGCUCUCCGAGCUUUCUAGAUAAGAGGCGCAUAACCAGCAAGUCCCACGGAAUGCUGAGGAUGGACACAGUGCACGAAAGCGGCCCAUACCAUACCGGCGGCCCAGCCCUCCCAGUUCGUGCAGCCUGGGAUCCUGGUCAUCCACGUCAACCCACUCCAGCAGCUCCGAGGACUCGUCGGACAACUCAUGAUAGAAAGAAAUGAGCUACUGCCAAGCAUUGCUGCUAGCAACACUUCACAGAUGAGCGGCUCAAGCUUCGAGUCUGAAUUUUUGCGAAAGCUCCAAUAUACAAAUGCCAACAAAAACGAAGGCACUGUGUAACCUUCUUGCGUGUGUGUAGAAGGUCAGAAUGGGCUGGCCUCCACAACUAUUGCAUCAGAAAGGGCACAACCCAAAAAUGGUGCUUGUUUCAAGUGAGCCACUUUAAGGGGUAUUGUAGGGUAAAUGGGUCAUCUUUGUUUUCGUGUUCCCUGUUUUAAUGUUAGAUUUCGCAUGUCGAUUAAGAAUCAUCUUGGCCUUCACAUGGUGGUUUCCUGCAGCCUUUCCAACUUUUUUUUUUUUUACUGGAGAACCAAAUUUUAGGCUGGGAGUAAAUGUACCUUUUCUUGGAAACGAAAUUUUGAACACUACACGAUACUGGGUUCACUCCCUGCCAAGAAUGGGCUCCUACAUUUAUCUCACCAAAAUCUAUUGCCCUCACUUAUCACGUACCGCACAAGAGAAUUAAUCUUCCUUUGUCUUAAUUUUGGCAAAGUAUCAGAAAGUUUCACUAUAAUCGGUCGGAUAGUUUUCAAGAAAAGGCACAACUAUGUUUGUGGUCAGCUAGUGAAGCUAUGGAAAGACAUGUACGGUAAUUGCGACAAAGGAAUUGAAGUGAAUGAAAAAUCAAGGUGACCCUGCAACCUUGGGAUACGCCCUACUGAUUCAGCUUUCCCAUCCACUUCAUUGGGUGUCAGUCCCUAUUUGUGGCAUCUACUCCUUCCCAUCUAUGUCACUGCUGCAGUUUAAACAACCAAGUAAGGCCUUCGUUGGUUUCAUUAGGCUGUGAUCAAUCUGCCUCCUUUCGUUCAUUCCAAGAAUGCACGUGCUCACAAUAACCAAUGACUCUGGUGAGAAAAUUUGCUAUCACAACUUAUGAAAAUGGCAGCAUAAAAUAUCUAGCCAUAUUUGUUUUAAAAAGAACAUAUACACACCAAAAUUAUGAAAGAAAACAUUAUGUAAAUAAGCUCUUGCGUCCAUCAGGAGGUGUGGUUUUCGGUGCCAUUUGUGAAUGGCUUCACGCCACUGCAUGGUUUUCUUUUCACAGUGUAUUUAUAAUCUUUAGUAACGAAAAAUAAAAGGUUUUUGCUCGCUUUACUCUACUCUUAAAGGAG